AUGGCAAAGAUACUGCUUCUGGCUUUGGCAGUUGGUCUGGCUCAUGCUCUUAAUGAGCUUGAAGGAGACUGGGUUAACAUUGCCAUAGCUGCUGACAAUGUUGAGAAGAUAGAGAACCAGGGAACUAUGAGACUUUAUGCUCAUCAAAUUACUUGUCAUGAGGAAUGUGAUAAAUUGGAAAUCACAUUUUAUGUAAAUUUAAAUGGCCAAUGCUCAGAGACAACAGUUAUUGGGUACAAGCAAGAAGAUGGCAGCUACAGGACCCAAU